AUGAUGAAUCCACAUGUUCAAGAAAACCUGCAAGCCAUCCAUAACGCCUUAAGCAAUUUUGAUACGUCAUUCUUAUCGGAAGAUGAAGAAGAUUAUUGUCCUCUUUGUAUUGAGCCGAUGGAUAUUACUGAUAAAAAUUUCUUUCCUUGCCCCUGUGGUUACCAAAUUUGCCAGUUUUGUUAUAAUAACAUCAGACAAAAUCCAGAACUAAAUGGGCGCUGUCCAGCAUGUCGUCGUAAAUAUGAUGACGAGAACGUUAGGUAUGUCACAUUAUCUCCAGAAGAACUGAAAAUGGAGAGAGCUAAGCUCGCUAGGAAGGAAAAAGAGAGAAAGCACAGAGAAAAGGAACGUAAAGAAAACGAAUACACUAAUAGAAAGCAUUUAUCGGGAACUAGAGUUAUUCAAAAGAAUUUGGUGUAUGUUGUUGGCAUCAAUCCUCCCGUCCCAUAUGAGGAAGUUGCCCCUACUCUGAAGUCUGAAAAGUAUUUUGGACAAUAUGGUAAAAUAAACAAGAUUGUUGUUAAUAGAAAGACACCUCAUUCUAGCAAUGCAACCAGCGAGCAUUAUCAUCAUCAUUCUCCAGGUUACGGUGUCUACAUAACCUUCGGAUCAAAGGAUGAUGCGGCAAGAUGCAUUGCUCAGGUGGACGGAACGUAUAUGGACGGUCGUCUGAUCAAAGCCGCAUACGGUACUACCAAGUACUGUUCUUCUUACUUAAGAGGAUUGCCAUGCCCAAAUCCAAACUGUAUGUUUUUGCAUGAACCUGGUGAAGAAGCUGAUUCUUUUAAUAAAAGGGAACUUCACAACAAACAACAAACGCAACAGCAAGGUGGCGGAACUGCACUACCUAGAGCUAGCAUACACAACAAUGUACCUACAAGUACCACCGGCUCCAACACUAAUCUGCUGAGUGAGCAUUUUACGAGCACACCUUCACCAGCUGCCAUGAGGGCUCAAUUACAUCACGACACUCAUACCAAUGCAGGAACACCAGUGUUAACUCCUGCUCCUGUCCCUGCAGGAUCAAACCCUUGGGGCGUCACUCAAUCAGCGACACCCAUUACAUCCAUUAAUCUCUCCAAGAAUAGUAGUUCCAUAAACUUGCCAACUCUAAACGAUUCCUUGGGUCAUCAUAUUGUCACUACAACCGAAACAACUACUACAACUGCGGCAAUUAAUACGAAUAAUAAUGCUGCAAGUCAGUCUCAUGGUAGCAAGAAGAAAAAUUCUCUUGCUGCAGAGGAGUACAAAGAUCCUUACGACGCAUUAGGGAACGCCGUUGACUUCCUGGAUACUAGACUACAUUCCCUAUCAAAUUACGAAAAGUGCCCAAUAUCUAUCAAAUCCAACAUUAUCGAUGAAGAAACCUAUAAAAAGUUCCCAUCUCUAUUUUCUUGGGAUAAGAUUGAGACCUCUAAGAAGAGCGAUAACACAUUAGCUAAUAAACUUGUGGAGAUACUGGCUAUAAAGCCAAUAGAUUAUUCUGCUUCUGUUGUUCAAUUCCUACAGAGUGUAAACGUUGGUGUAAAUGAUAACAUCGCGAUCGCGGAUAACACGAAAGUAUCCACCCAACCAAUAAGAUUGCAAACCGUUCCACAACAAAUUCAACCACCAUUGAACGUCAGUACCCCUCCACCAGGUAUCUUUGGCCCACAGCAUAAAGUGCCCAUGCAACAACAACAAAUGGGUGAAACAAGUUCAAGAAACUCUUCUGAUUUACUUAACCAACUAAUCAACGGGAGGAAAAUUAUUGCCGGUAAUUAG